AUGCAAUUAGCGUAUUACCGCAUUACCGCAUUAGGUAUGCCGGGCGGUCAACUUUCACAGCCGAUGCUGCUUGGCCCCAACAAGGGGUUAGACUCAAUGCUAGGCGCCUAUGCGGAACUGCAGAGGCAAUCUGAAGGGACCUCAUUCGUGGCUGGUAAGCGACCCUCCAUUGUGAUUUAUGUCAACGCGGCCGUGUGCUCAUUGGUGGAACCUCGACCAGGUCAUGAUGUAUGA